GCUAAAGUAAAGAGAGGAGACGAACUUUGAUACAAUCCAGUAAUAAGUAAUAAAAUUGUUGAAUAAUAAAGUAUAAACGUAUUUAAAAAACCGUUUUAUAUUCUGUCAUUUGUCUUGUGGUAUUUGCCAUCAUUAAUUUACGAAUUUUAUUACCAGCAAAAGUUCUCUAGAAAUGGCAACACGUUGGGGUAUAGCCGGUGCAGGAAAAAUAUCUCAUGAUUUCACAAACGCGACUGCUACAUUACCGAAAAAUGAACAUGAAGUUAUAGCUGUUGCUGCACGUGAUUUGAAUCGUGCUAAUGAUUUUGCUAAGUUACAUCACAUCAAAAAAGCCUAUGGCAGUUAUGAAGAGUUGGCUAAAGAUCCUGAUGUCGAAAUUGUUUAUGUGGGAACUUUGAAUCCUCAGCACCUGGAAGUCGCCAAGAUGAUGCUGAGUCACGGAAAGCAUGUCCUCUGUGAAAAACCACUGACGAUGAAUUUGAAACAGACAAAAGAACUGAUUAGUUUUGCUAGAUCCAAAGGUUUAUUCCUGAUGGAGGCAAUAUGGAGUAGAUGUUUCCCGGUAUAUCAAGCUGUCAAAGAAGCUAUAAAAGCUGGAGAGAUUGGCGAUGUCAAACAAGUGAUCGUAUCAUUUGGAUUUGCUAUGGAGCACGUGGAUCGUUUGAAUAUAAAAGAACUAGGCGGUGGCACAAUCUUGGAUCUUGGAGUCUACACACUGCAACUGGCCCAGUUUAUUUAUGAUGGUGAGAAACCGAUAGCUGUUAAAGCUGGAGGUUUUUUGAAUGCUGAUGGUGUUGAUACGUCUACGUCGGCUACUCUUUUGUACAAAAAUAAUCGGACUGCUACGGUGAUGACACACUCGGUGGUUACUUUACCAAAUGAAGCUGUUAUCAUUGGCACUGAGGGUGUGAUAAAAAUACCGACAUUCUGGUGCCCAGUGACCGCUGAAUUGCCAUCGGGUAAAAUAAAGUUCGAUUUGCCCAAAGCUCCGCUUCCUUUUAAUUUUGUCAAUAGUGCUGGGCUUCGUUACGAAGCUAUGGAAGCACGUGCUUGUCUCCAAAAGGGUUUGAAAGAGAGUCCAAAGGUAUCACAUGCUGAGUCGCUGCUUAUUGCUGAACUUGAAGACGAAUUGCGCCGGCAAAUCGGAGUCGUUUAUCCGCAGGAUUAAAAAAAAAUGUUUGAUCAACAAGAUAUUUGUAUGAAUAUUUAUUUAUAUUAAGAAAAAUAAAAUUUUAAUUUUAAUUA